CAAAUUCACUAGACGUCGCGAUAUAAAAGAGGUGCCACUCCGCCAGUUGAUUCAAGCUCAACCAAUAUUCAACACACAAGUCCGUCCUCUCUUCCUCACUCCACAGCAUACUAGUACAGUUCAAGUGCUCGCCACAACAAAAAAGUUUCAACAUGCUCCUGACCUCCCUUUUUGCCGGCUUCAUAGCCACCGCCUCAGCGGCCUCCAUUCCCCGCCAGACCGAGCAAACACCCUGGAGCAUCACCAACUUCUUCGCCUCCAGCAACCGCUUCAGCGUCAUCACCACGUACCGGUUCGACAUUACCGACGGCAACACCUCGGCCUACUGCGUCGCCCUGAUGGACACCACGCCGGACAUUAGCUAUGUCCCCAUCACGGACUGCGACAACCCCAUCUACUCGUUCGCCUUCGGCUCGGCGGCGGAUACGGAGGAGCCCGGGUUCAACCUGCAGAUCUGGCAGGGCAAUCCGGAGGACACCAGCUGCGGCGCGCCGUCGACGCAUUGCGUAUACACAGGAAUCAAGUUCUUCCCGGCGACUGACGUGGAGACUAUUCAAGACCCGACUGGGAACCCUUUUGGCAAUUAUGAUCGGUUGAAUGCGCCGGCCGAUUUCGAGAUUGCCCGUAAUAGUGUGCAUAUUUGAGGAAUGGUGGCACUAAGCCAGCGGAAAUGUGGUUUACUACUGCUCGGGGUUGAAAUAAUCGGGUAUAAAUUUCACAUAGAAUGCACAUUUUUGAAUCAUUCCACCACUCAAACUUUGGAUUUUGCUGCGCGGAGUCGUUGCAUUGGAAGCUUGAUGUCAAUCCUCUACAAUUUUUACACAUGCAAAUCCCUGGCUGCAUUAGCGGCGGCGUUGCUCAGUCUGCCUGGCAGCUGCCUGGCUGCCUAGUUCCAGAUG